AGUUGAAAGUCAAAAGCCUCUGCUGCUCUGCAGUAUGGCGGCGUUGGUGGGACGCAGAGUCCUGCUGCAGGCUUUCCGAGGGCAUGCAACCGACCGGGGCAGUGUAUGUCGGCUCGGGGCGGUUUGCUACAGACCCCGGUUCUGUGGUCGCGGUAAAGAACUGGAGAUGUCCGCUUUGGCGUGGAACAGAGCCACGGUGAGACACUACAGCUCCGACCCAAAGGAUGACCUGCGCGUCAGGUAUUUGGAUGGAGAAGACGCCGGAAUUGUUGUUGUCGGAUUAAACAGACCCAAAGCAAAAAAUGCCAUCAGCAAAAACCUUGUUAAAAUGAUGUAUGAUACAGUGGAAGAUAUAAAAAAGAAUAACAAAGUACGAAGUGUGAUCCUGUGUAGUGUCGUUCCUGGUGUUUUUUGUGCUGGUGCUGAUUUGAAGGAGAGAGCUAAGAUGCACCAAAGCGAAGUAGGACCAUUUGUGUCAAAAGCAAGAGCGCUUAUCACAGAACUGGGUAACUUGCCAAUGCCGAUUAUUGCUGCAAUUGAUGGAGCUGCAUUAGGAGGAGGUUUAGAAAUGGCCCUUGCUUGUGACAUCAGGAUUGCUGGUACGAUAACCAACUCUGCCAAAAUGGGACUGGUUGAAGCCAAACUGGCGAUUAUCCCAGGAGCUGGAGGUACACAGCGUCUUCCACGGGCCAUUGGUGUUUCUCUUGCCAAGGAGCUAAUUUUUGCCGCAAAGGUCGUCGAUGGAGUAGAGGCCUGCCGCUUGGGGCUCGUCAACCAUUCAGUGGAGCAGAAUGAGAGUGGAGACGCUGCAUAUGUACGGGCACUGGAGCUUGCUAGAGAGAUUAACCCUCAGGGUCCUAUUGCUGUAAGAAUGGCAAAACUGGCUAUAAACCAGGGCAUGGAGGUUGAUUUGUCAACUGGGCUGGCAAUAGAAGAGGCCUGCUAUUCCCAGGUGAUCCCAACUAAAGACAGACUGGAAGGUUUGGCUGCCUUCAGAGAGAAGAGGUCUCCUCACUACAAAGGGGAGUGAGGUACCACUCCUUCAGUGCGCACUCUGAGUCGUGCCUAUGUGCUCACCCCAUGUACCUCCAGAGAUAGUUAGGGUGACACGGCACAUGACAAUAACAUAACAGGUACACUAACCAGGUGAAGUCUGCAGAAUCAGGACUUUGGCUAUGGCAUGGGGUUUAGUCCAGUAAAGGUUUGAAGGCUGAUGGACUGUAUGUAGAACUAAUCAGUGCAGUACACUAUUAAUAAACUGCUGUACAUUUAGUCAUUAACAAUAAUUACUGCAAAUUAUAACCUGCAUCUGUGGGUUACUCAGCAUGAGGCAACACACUCAUCUUUAUAGUUUGACCCAAUAUAACAGUAGUCUCUGCAUGGAUCAUAGAUAUUCAGAAACAUGACUCCUUGUUACCCAAUAACAUAUCAUAAAAUGUACACACAUGUCUAAUGGCAGACAGAUCUAUAAUGAUCCAUAAUGUUAAUUCAAACAUUUUAUUGUCAUGGUCCAUAUUACUUGCAGCGCUGUUUUGUAUUGUCAAGACCUACUUGUCUGUCACCCAUAUGUUUGCGUUUUCUUACAGAUUUCCAAAUAAAGGCUUACACUAUGUAAGCACCUGUGCCUUCAGCAGCCAUUUUAUUUCAUACAUUACAGUUACAUUUAAGCAGUUCAAAUCCUAUAGGAUUUGCUGCUGUUGUGUCUAAUGUUCUGUUCUGAAUUAUUUUUACUUUGUUUACACACAGUCCUAUUGCAUAACUUUAAGAAUUACAUUAAUAAUUCCACUUGUGCAAUGUCAAUAAAACACAUGAUCGACAUUAUUUUAUCAGAAAUACUAAAUAUGCAUGCAGCAGUACACCUGGCCCAUGUCAGUGAACUCCCAUAAAGUGUCCUCUAAUUGCAUUUGUACCCUUGUCUCCCAUUUACUGAAUCUGUUUAGGUCCCUUCCUUCACUCAUCUCACUUGUAGUCAGUGAAAUAUGUUCGGUCGAUUAUCCUCCUUUAAAGCAAUGGGAUGUCUUGAGUUAAAUUGCAAUGCAAUAUUACUGUCUUGAUAUGUGAAAGGAUCAAGCCUCAAACAUUUGAUUUAGUCUGUUUCUGUGUCAAGAGUUCAAAUAAAACCAAACACUGACACAACUGUG